CAUCGCAUUCAAAUGGACACGCAACUGUGUACCCAUAACACACAUCCGCAUAUUCAACCAAUCCCUCAAGACCUCGAAAGCCAUCUCCGACCUCCUAGAUAAACGCGGGUCAGCCUAUAGCGAUAAACCGCAGCGGGAAUAUGUGAAGAAGUUUUGCAUUCGACCUAGUGGCUACACUCAUCAUAAGAGAGCAGAAUGAGCAGUUGACGUUCCCUCGACUCGAUGACCCUCUUAGUACUUUACGCUGUCCUCUUCUGCGUUCCGUUUGUUUGCGCUUCACUCCCAAGUCUCAACGAUACCUAUAUCCAUACACUUGAUUCCAGCAACUUCUCACCCUCCGAUACCAGAACCUUGUGGGACAUUCUCUUGAGCUGUGGCUUAACUUUGUUUGCCUGCACAUGGACUGCCAUACAUCCAAACAUUCCGGGUGUUAACGAUGGGGUGGUUCUCAUUAUUUUCUAUCGUCUAUGCCUCAUGGUUGUAGCGUUGUUCAUACCUGAAGUCAUGAUCGUCUGGGCCAUAACGCAGUUUCAUUAUGCUCAGAGAGCUGCAGAGGAUCUCAAUCGUGGCUUUGGUGCUCGACGCGUCCAGUCCCAUAGCGACGAUCAAGCCAUAUGCCAGAGCGAGCGGGCAGUCACUGGUAUGUCACUUGGUGACAUCCUUAAUUCAAGCAGAAGUCCACGCACCGAAUGGACACUGACGCACGGGUUUUUCGUAUUGAUGGGUGGAUUCGUGCUGUACGUCAAGGGUGAGCCGCGGGCCACUCUCACACCCAGUGAACUCCUGGAGUUUGUCUACAAGGGAUACGUGGAGAUGCCUGUCAUUACGGAGGCAGAAAUCGAAGACCGGAGUAAGGGCGAUGGGCUAUACAAAUGCAUUGCUAUUCUCCAGCUGGUGUGGUUUGUCGUCCAGCUCAUCGCCCGUACUGCCCAGGGCCUCCCGGUAACGCUGCUCGAAAUUGACACCCUAGGCGUAGCCGCUCUGGCCUGCAUUGCCUACCCCUUUUGGUGGAAGAAGCCGAAGGACAUACGACGUCCUUAUAUUGUUCAUUGGAACUCGGAGGCUGAUCCUUCGCUAUGUGGCAACUUGGAAAAUAAUUACUACUAUUCACAUACACGCCGAUCACUAGUGCGUCCGCUUCCAUUUAGAUUCGAUGACCCGAAAUAUAGCCCGAGUUUGAUCUCAUUCGUCGCCGGAUGUUUCAGUGGGGUGGUGUUUGGAGCGGUACAUUGUCUGGGCUGGAAUGUCUUUCUGCCACACACAGAACAGAUACUAUGGCGUGUGGCUUCCAUUGGGACGACAUGUUCACCGCUAAUGACGUUUUUCGCAUUUGCUUUACCUGCUUUCACGGGCCUACUAUUGAUGACACGGGAUCGCCACUCGUGCGGAUGUAUUAUGGACUCAUUGAUCAGUGCUUUCAUGACAGUUUUUAUGAGACUCGGUAUGCUUUCGUACAUUUGUUCACGUGUUACAAUGCUUGUACUUGUGUUCAUGAGCUUACGAUCACUACCUCUCGGCGCAUACGAUACGAUAGCUUGGAUCAAACAUAUUUCGCUUUCGUUCUAUCUGAUUCCUGGAUAGUAUUCUUGCCCUACAGUAUAUAUAUAAACCGUCAUAUAUCUACUCGUAGGGCAGUUGAUCUUUCCCCCACCGAAUGUAACUUAGUUCGGCCAGUUACCCUGCUGGAGCCUUAAGUCUAUGACCCAGACGACUAGUACG